CGCCAAAGGACCCGAAACGCCACAGACAGCAAAACCCAAACGACACACAGAAAGCACAGCACAAACCUCCCUCACUCUCUCCGUUCCCGAUCUCUCAUCCGCCAUCGCCGCACUAGCGGCCAUGCACAUUUGUUAGCACCCUCCACUCCGACAUUUUUCUUCAAGUAUUUUUUCUCUCUCACCAUUUUCUUCUGAUUUCCGCUUCGAAAAAUGGAGGAAGAGUUGGUGAAGAGAAACACCGAUUGCGUCUAUUUCUUGGCUUCUCCUCUCACAUGCAAGAAGGGAAUUGAUUGCGAGUUUCGACACAGCAAGAUUGCGAGGCUCAACCCGAAGGAAUGCUGGUACUGGUUGGCUGGGAAUUGUCUCAAUCCGACCUGUGCUUUUCGACACCCUCCGUUGGAUGGGCAUGGUGGAGCACCAUCAGAGUCUUCCCCGCCAUCUGUAACUUCAAACAAGACCAGUGUUCCUUGUUACUUUUACUCCAAUGGCUUCUGCAACAAAGGUGAUAAAUGUUCUUUCUUGCAUGAUACUGAUGGUAACGCAUCAAAUGGGAAAUCUUCAAAGACAGCCUCUGCAUGUAAUGAAGCACUUGCACUUACUUCAGAAAAUGAGGCAGCUGCAGGGAAUGGAGCACUUGCACGCAUCUCAGAAAGCAAGGCACCUGCAGGAAACGAAGCACUUGCACGCACUUCAGAAAACAAGGCACCUGCAGGAAACGAAGCACUUGCACUUAAUUCAGAAACCAAGGCAUCUGUAGGAAAUGACACAAUGUCAGCGCCAAGAAUCACACAUCUCAACCCUUCUGAAACUGCCUCGAAGGCAACAGUUGGUACAAGAUUCCAGCACAAAGAGAAUCUUAGUUAUUUUGAGCAGAGGGUACAAAGAGAUUUUCCACAGAAAAGCGUCUGUACUCAGAUUUCUAUGUCUGGAGAUGAAGAGGCUGGUGAAAAUAGGUCAGACUCGCUUCCAGAAGAUAGCUCUAUUCGUUCCAAAUCUCAUUCAUGGACAGAUCAGAGUUCAGAGGAUGAAGAUGAUGACCUUGUGCCAGAGGAACGCUGGGAAUCCUCACCAGGAUUUGAUGUUCUUGUUGAUGGAAAAUCAGACAAUUUGGGUUGUGACGAUGAUCAGGAGUACUUUCCAACACUUCACGGGGAGCACAGGGAGCUGAAUAGCCGCUUCUUGGGCCAUGAUUUUGAAAAUCCAGACGAGUAUGUUCCCGAAUAUCCUGAUGCUAAACUUCUACAUGACAGAGAUAUGUACAAUGAUUGUCUGGAUACCAGGAUUAUUUUUGGUAAUCAUGGACCAAAUCCUGUCUACACGAAGGAGAGAAUGUCGGAUUCGAUGUUUUCCAGCAAGAGGAAACAUAUGCCAAGGGAACUGUUCGAUGGUGACGAGGAUUUUUUGGAUCUCCGAGACCGCCUCAGAAGGCGAAGAGUGACUGAUGGUCGUUCAAUUAAUGGCUUAUCAAGAAGGCACGAAUCACUUGGAUUGUUUGGCAGGCCUCAAAGACAUGGACUAGGUAGGCGGUUGCAUAGAAGAUUGGCAUCAGUAAUGGGAAAUAACACUUAUGAAUCACCUAGGGGGAAUGGAGCUUUCUCCAAUGGUGGAAUUCAACGUGGUUCGCUUAGGCAUGCACAGGAAUAUAGAUCCAGGAAGAAGCAUCACAAGGAGAGAAGGCCGGCUGAGGAGCAGUUUCCUUGGUCCGAAAUCUCGAAGAAACCAUUUCCAAGGGAGAAGAGAUGUGCAGGGCAGCCAACUAGCUUUACAGGACCCAAGAGCCUUGCCCAGAUCAGAGAAGAGAAGAGGAAAGCAGAAGAAAAUGGGGGUAGCAUUGGGAUACCAAAACGUGCGAGAAGAACUACAGUGGAUUUCCAGGGUCCGAAACCCUUGAACGAAAUUCUAAAAGAGAAAGGGAAGAUACCUGACUAGAGGGAAGGAAGUGCUGCUGGUAGCAACUGAAGUACUUAAUGCAGAGCGAUUUUCAGGUGAUGACGACAAAAAGUUGUGUGUUGUUUACCGUUGCUAGAUAGAAAUAGAAUCAUAGAAACACAUUUUCCUUCAUGUUACUAGAUGAAGCUUGCAUGGGCUGGUGGUGCAGAAGCUUACAGGCGUUGUUGAAAGACCCGUUUUAGAGUCUACAUUUACUCUCGAAUAUGGUAGUAACUGAUUCGGAAGCUUGACAGAGUUGGCUGCAAGGGCUUGGCAUCUUUUUUUGGCAACUUCAUUUGCUUUUGUUAUGAUUUUUGUACACAGCCACAUAUCCUCUCAUCUUAGUCGUUGUCGUUUCUCGUUGAUAUUUGGUUUCUGUUUUCGCUUAAAUUUGUACAUUACAUACCUUACGUAGCUCAAGCGGUCACGGGCGUUUAUUGUUGCCCGAUGUCUCGUUGUAGAUAUUAGAAUUCCUUUUGGCUGAGUCAAACACGGUGGUUUAGGAAAUUACGAGUUCGAACAACAAUA